CUCGAUUAUACCAUUGGCAUUUGUUUUUGGAUGCAGUCUAUGAUUUCUAGAGCCCAUGCUGAAGUUAAAGAGUUGCGACAAUCAAUUCAACUUUUAAAGGCUGAAGGUGAAAAGUUGGAGAAGAGUGCAUUACAUGCAGAGGAGCAAUUCUUACAUGGAAGGACGAAACUCAGACAAGCAGGAAAGCAGAUCCGGAAUGUGAUUCACUCAGCACAUAAAGUUGAAAGACGAGCACAUGGUUUGAAAGAUAUCCUUGGAGAACUCCCUAAAAGAGAAGCAUCCCUUUUCCGAUCACAGGUUUCCCAACUUGCUUCUGAGGCAAAGAAAGAAAAAAGUACCUUGACCAAGGAGAUCUCCAAAAUUAGCAACUAUGGCAUCUCGGUUUGAGAGACUCUGCUUCAGCAUUUUCUAAUUUAAGUCCAUCUGAGUCUUCUGAUCAAGAGCAUCGUCUGGUGAUCUUUUCAGGACUAACAAAAUUCUGUUGUUAUAUUAUAAUAUAUAAUAUUGUAAAUCCCUUCGGUUCGUGAAGUUUGCCUGAGAGGGAGGUUUCAUGCCCAGAGUAAAGAGAAUGUUAAUUAAAACGCAUAAAGUGGCGUAACUUCACAGAAAUGAAAUUUUGUGCGGUCUCUGUUUUCACAAUUUAUAAAGUUCAGUAGGCUACGGUGACAUUGUAGUACAAUGCAUCAGUAUGACUCAUUUUACAUACAUAUUGGGAAUGUUCAUAUUGAAUUUGUUACAAAUCAAUAUGAGCAUGACUCAGUUCAAAACUUCA